UUGUCAUUUAAGCGGAUCGUUUGAGUACAGUGCGACUCAAACGUGCGCGGGUGUGCGCCCCGAUCAGGUGGCAGCUGACAUGGCGCAGAGUGGGGACAUGGCGCAGAGUGGGGACGCGCACGUGACGGCGGCGCCCGGCGCCACGUUCAAGGAGCGCACCGUGGAGGAGCUGCUGCGGCUGCACUUCAGCUCACCGCGCACUCGACUCAGCGCUGACGGCCUGCGCCUGGCGACGCUGGCGCUGCGCCUGUACGUGCGCGAGGCGGCGCUGCGCGCGGCCGACCAGGCGCAGCUGACGCUGGCGCCGUCGGUCGGCCUGGAGCACCUGGAGAAGGUGCUGCCGCAGUGGCUGCUGGAUGUGUGAAGCCACCUGUCGGCGGUGGCGGCAUGGCUCGGCACGGCUCGGCAGCCGGCGCUGGUCGGUUCGACGCGGGCCACCGCUAGGCAACCCGUGCCGGCGCGGACCGGGCGAGCUGACAAGCCUGCGAGUGGGUGCACUGGGAAUGCGGCUCCUUGUCCUUGACGUGACUUGCUCUGGAGGCGGCCGCUCGCGAGGGUGGUGCGUGCUCCACCCUAUGCAUUGUUGUGUUGUGACCAUGGUUAGCGGAGGACAUCCUUGUGUGCUGAAGCGGGGACAUGCGCAGAUAGAUCUUCCUCGUCUAGCGUCAGUCCGCCGCGUAUCGCACGCAGCCGGAUGGCAUGUUGAUGCCGUCGACAGACAGCCAACGGACGAUGUGGUGGGGUGGUCUGGCAACGUGAUGAUGCGUGGUGACGUGGAGGAGCGCCGUUCGUUGUCCGAGGCUGAACGGAGCUGACUGACGGCUGGUACUGUGGGGCUGGAAAACGCUUGCCGUGACAGCGACGCACAUCUACGUGCCAAAGCGUGAACCAUUAUGUGAGG